CCAACAAAACGAGUAUAGGAACUUUAUGCUUUCGUAGAAUGGGACCUUGUGCAGGAGAUAGAAGUUGGAUUUUGUAAAACAAUGAAAAGGAUUUUAAUAUGGCUGCCAAUUCGAAGGGAGAUGUGGAUACUAAAAAUUCCCCCAAAGUAGGCAGUUGCAGCGACAGCGACUCCAGCAACACCAGCGAGGAGGAACGACUUCGACGCUUAUUUCAAACAUGCGACGCAGACGGGGAUGGAUUCAUUGACGGUGACGACUUCAUCUACAUGUGCAGCCAGUUGAACAUGGAGGACUCGGCACAAGAGAUCAUGGCGCAGCUCGGGAUGAACACCAGGUGCCAAAUCUCCUUCAGUGACUUUCUCCGCUGUCGCUCACGUGUCAUGUUAGAGGCCGAACAAUGUCCUUUUAUGGGCAACGCUGCUGACGACACUGGAAUCGACUCGGACACAAGUGGCUUUCAAGUUACUACAACGCAGAAUAUUACAUCAUGGCCGACGAUGAGUAGCGAUAGUAUAGGUGCUCAUUCUGGUAAACCCGAAAGUGUGGACUACGACAGCGGAGCCAGAGAUCUGUGCAGCCCAGAACCUGCCAGCUUGUCCAAACUGAUGGAGUCACAUGACCCGGGGACCAUCAAGCACAUGACAGAGAGUUGCUCAGCUGCUGGAAACUUCCUGGAACUGGCCAACAGGCUCCACCUGGCGGCCUUGACUUCACUGAAAGGGGAGAUAAUCGAUCUAAAUAAUCGACUUCAACAUGUGACUAGUGAAAGAGACUUGCUAGAAAAGCAGCUUACAAAAGUACAGAGUGAGAAGCUUCAUCUCCAGCACGAGUGUGAGGACCGUAUUGACCAGACCGCCGGGCGAUACGAGGAGAGGAUUACAGAGCUGCACAGUGUUAUUGCAGAACUUCGCAAGAAGAUAGAACGCCAUCAGAUUAAUGUGAUAAGGGAGGAGGAUGAAUUUGAGGAGUCAGACAAGAGCAAUGAUGGUGGCAGCAUCAACGAGAACAACGCCAACGGAUCCCAGUCAGCCAGUUGUGAAAUCGGUAAUGAGAUCAACGCAGAGUUCACGCGAGUGGUGACCGAGCUGGAGUCGGCCAUAGCAGAAAGGAAAGAGAUGGCUAUUGGCGUGGACGACGGGGAGAGGGACGCCAUCCGGAGACUAACCCAGGAUGUCGAUAAUGAUAGUGUGGACGAAAAGGCAGGGGAGAUUUGUGAAGACUUGAGUGGCCUUGGACUUAACCAGCCACCGACCUUGCCCCCUCGGCAGUUGCGGCCGGCGAUGUUCCACCCACCUCCUCCCCAACCCCCCAACCAGUACCCAGACCCCGAGUACCUCCAGGAGGAGAUCGCCAGCCUCCGGGUCGAGAACAACACGCUGCAGGAACAGAUCGGCAAACAGGAAGUGGACCUCAACAUGCUGCGUGAACACCUAGAGGCGUUACGAGAUGAACGCGAGAAGUUGAAACGAAAGAUUCGUGAGAUGCAGUCUCGGAUCCAGGUGAAGGAGAGUUCUUCUAGUCCUAAUGACAGUCGGACGUCCACGCCGACCAAGUCGCAGCUGAGUCAGUCACAGAUGCAGAUGACGCCAAGCAAUGAUCAGUUCCCCGUUGCCAAAAUAGCAGAGUUGAAAAAACUAAAAACCUGUGCUGGGGAUCGACAGGUCUUGGGGUCUGAAAUCAGUUCAUUAGGGCUUCCCAACACAAAGGUUGCAGAGCAUUUAGUUCAGAGCCUCCAGGAAUGUUCCAAUAUGCAGGAGAUUGUGCAGACUCUGUACAAGUGUGGUAGUGAGAUCGGUGACACCAAGGUCAAGGAGUUUGAGAUUGAGUUCGAGAGAUUGCAGAGUAAGAUAGACAAUCUGAAGUCACAGCAUGAUCUGACAACUUUGACCUUAGCAGAGAGUAAAGCAUAUUCGGAGAGACUUACAGUGCUCAUGGGUAAAUAUGAGUCGAACAAUACGGCCUUGAACUUGGCCAUCAACUACUCGGACCAGGCGAUAGAAGCGUAUGAGGUGUUGUGUGCACUGCUGGAGACGGAGAUGGGAGUACUGCUGUCCAACUGUCGAGCAGCAGGACUUGGAAGUUUAGCAGGAGACUCCGGGAUCUGUGACGACCAAAAUGAGGUGACAGUCAUUUUACAACGGUCACACCAUGCGAGGAAAACAGCAGAAAACGUGGCCAAACACCUGCUUCACAAGAUGGAACGAUGUUGUACUGGUCAUGUGACUGGAUGUACUGCCAGUCCAUGGGAGGAUCUCUCGUCCAAUAGCAGAACAGCAAGCACAACUAGUUCAACUGCCAGUUCAGUGGACACAGACUUCAGCAAGAUAGACGAGCAGAGGUUACGAGACUAUAUCCAGUCUCUAAAGAAUGACAGAGCUGCCGUCAAGAUGACCGUGUUGGAACUGGAGAGUGUGCACUGUGACCCGAUAUCAGAUGAACCCAAGAAGAUUCCAGAAGCCCAGAGACUGGACUUGGAGAAUGCAGUUCUCAUGCAAGAACUGAUGGCCAUGAAGGAGGAGAAGGCUGAGUUGAAGGCUGGCAACUACCUGAUGGAGAAGGAGAAGCGAGCCCUGGAGCUCCGGCUGAGUGGCAAGGAGAGUCAGGAACAGGCCUACAGGGUCCAGAUAGAACACCUCAAGUGUGAGGUGUUAGAGUAUCAGCAGAAACUCAUGGCCAGCAAGGAUGGCAGGUACAAGAAGGAUAUCGACUGUGACCUAUCACCGAUGAUCUCAAUGGCGGAGCUGCGGACUAAUAACUCGAGCGACAUUGCGCAGGAUCUCUGCGACGCCCUGAAACGAGAAAAGAAGUUGAAGUCCCGGGUUCAAGAGCUUGUGUCAACGUUAGAAAAAAUAUCUCGGAACUCGGAGAUCAGACAUCAACAGUCUGCAGAAUUUGUGAAUGAUUUGAAAAGAGCAAACAGUGCCUUGAUAUCAGCUUUUGACAAAGCGAAAAAGAAGUACCAGAGUAAGCUUAAGAAGCUGGAGGCGCAGCUGCAAUCCAUGACAGAGAGAUACGAGACUCAGAUUCGGAUUUUGAAACAAAGAAUUUCAAUGUAUGAAGGUGAUGGUGUCAGGCCACCAACCAGUGAAACAUCAUUAUAGCAUAGGACCACCAUCAACAGACAUAAUACACUUCUCAUUGAUGGCUUCCUCACGGCGACAGUUAUCUCCCUCAUCACGGGAGUUAUCUCCCUUGGAAUCUCAGCACUCUGCUCACCUGCACCUGUUAUGUUGAAGAAAGAUUGUAUGUGAAUUGAACAUGUCUAUUGUGAAACUAGGAGCUGUGUCAAAAGUGUGUGUUUACUUUCCACAUGUACAGUUUUACUUUUGUUGAUGGGUGGCUCUAAACUCAUUGUGUGUGUAAGGAUGAAGUUUGGAAAUAAAACAUAAGUAACGAGUUUGGUAUCCAAACCCGAGUUUAUAUCAAGACAUUCUCUGAGGCUGGUAUUCAGCCCAAAAUCUACAGCAAAUGGGCUUUAAAAAUGUUCCAUUUCAUAUACGAAUCCAACUAAUGUGGUUACUUGUUAAGGUUAAUUAUAUUUUACUGAUAAACAAUAACAAGAACGAUACUUGAAUGCUUAACUUAAUAUACAAUCCAUACAAUGGCAAAAUGUCUCUGCAAAAAGAAUCCAUUGAAAUCUUCAUCAGAUAUAUACUAGUAUGAAAGUCAUUUGUCUGUUGGACAUUUUUAGAUUGUACACAUCACAUUGAUGGCUUCCUCAUUGUUAGAGUUAUCUCCUCAUUCAUAGUAGUUAUCUCCCUUCUCUUUGGAGUUAUCUCCCUUUUUGACAGUGCAGAAAGUUUGGUUUAGAUGAUGUUGUUUCCCAGCCAUGAAAAGAUAGGUGUAUAUGUCAGUGAUCUGAAUUGUAUGCAAGAAUAUUUUACACAUCAAAUGGUUUUAAGGCCAGCAAACAAAUUGUUUCAUGUUCAUAAAUUGUUGCAAUGUUAUUGAGUUGAUAUUGAGCAUCAUGUCAUGGCAAGUGGGUGUUUUCAUCACUGAAUCUAAGAAUCUCCAGCACCUUUUAAAUUUGUAUUUUCUGCACAGCCCAAACUGCCAUGGACACUAAAGUUGGGCCAGGAGACUGGAGUGUAGGAAUUAGAGCCAGUCAUGUGGCAGCAUAUGUGUUGAUUUUAAAAGAAAGACAGUCAAACAGGAGACUACUACAGUCUAGGAAUGAGAGCCAGUCAAAUAUUGAUACACCUCUUGAAAGUAGAAAUGAAAACUGAUGAAAUAACAGUGUGACCUGAAAGUAGGAUUAAUAGCCAGUUGAAUGGUAUUGUAGGGAGUAGGAAUGAAAGCGACAAGGGGUUAUACAAGCGCCAGUCAAAUAACAGUCUGUGACAAGAGACUACAGGAGAGCCAAUCACAAAGCGGUCUGUGACAAGAGACUACAGGAGAGCCAAUCACAAAGCGGUCUGUGACAAGAGACUACAGGAGAGCCAAUCACAAAGCAGUCUGUGA